CGUUGCACCCACCACAUCUCACUCUCAUCUCACCCUUCCAAACAACGCCAACCUCCCGCGACCCGGCGACCUCGAACCAGCUGGCCACCACCAAGACCUCUCCAUGGAACAGCCAUCUCCUCGUUCUUCUAAACGUAAUCGACACACCCCGAGACCUAAUUCUGUACCUGCACCUCCCCCUCCACCCACAACGCUCGCACUCGCACCCACUGCACCACCCCUCGCCACCUCCUCAACCUCUCAACUCGCUGUCGAUUCGUCAAUCCUCCCCCCAGGUCACAUCACCCUCCAGCAGCCCCAGUCUCUGUCACCUGUCCGCCUCACUCGCUCUUCCAACAAAAAGAGCGACCCAUCACCCUCCUCUUCUUCUUCCUCCAACCCUCCUCCUCCUCCUCCUCCUCCGACUCUUCCUACUCCGGGCCCUCGCCGCUCAGCUCGCUUGUCCAUCGCCUACUCUGACCAAAGCGACAACACGGCCUCCUCCGCUUCCAGCACCCCUAGUGGCAAGGGCAAAGCUCAAGCAGACCAACCUUCCGCUUCCUCUGGUGUAGCCCGUCGGUGAGUAAAGCACCUACACCCACUCUCGCUACUCUGCGACGUUGCUGAACCCCGACGCGACACCCACCACGUCCUCUGAUCCCAAGGGCAAGAAGCGUGCCCCCCGCGAACCCUCAC